AUGCAAUACUAUUAUAUAUUACUUCUACUUCUAUCUCGUCAAAUUAACUCAUCGACCAGCUCAAAUAAACAGGAAAAUGUCACAUCGAAGCCAGGAUCAACGCCGGCACCUGUAAUUAAUCCUUAUCAUCCACGCGAUCAUAUCGUUAAUCCACACAAUUUCUCCUAUAUACUUAAUCCAGGACAUUCUGUGUGUGAUAAUAGUAAUUCAUCUGUUUAUCUCUUAGUUUACGUCCAUUCGGGUCCAACGAAUUACCAACGUCGGAUGGUCAUACGUGAAACAUGGUCGACACGAACAUUAUUUCCCGAUCUACGUCUCGUCUUCAUGAUCGGACAAACUCUCGACAAGAGUAUUAUGAAAGCUAUUGAAUAUGAAAAUGAAAUCUAUCAAGAUAUCGUUCAAGAGGAUUUUAUUGAUGCCUAUAAAAAUCUGUCCUACAAAGGAGUUAUGGCUUUGAAAUGGAUUUCCACAUAUUGUCCACAAACGAAAUAUGUUUUAAAGGUUGACGAUGAUAUUGUUGUCAACACAUUUACAUUGAUCAAUCAUCUGAAAUUUCUCGACAAACAUAAUCCAAAUAAACAUAGCACGAUACUUUGUUUAUUAUGGCAAGCAAUGGGCGUUAUGCGAGAUAGUAAAUCAAAAUGGUAUUUGAGUCGAGAAGAUUUUCCAUUGGAUAAAUUUCCACCUUAUUGUAGUGGUUCAGCCUUUAUACUCACCGGAGAUAUGCCAGCGAAAAUGUACAACGCCAGUCUUUAUGUACCGUUCUUUUGGGUUGACGAUUAUUAUAUAACCGGCGCUGUCGCCACUGCUGCGAAUGUCACCUAUGCUCAACUUGGUUCGCUCUAUACAAUACCUCAACAAUUAGCACACACGCGCUUUAUGUCAUCGAAGUCGUUCUAUACGAUCAUGUUUGGACAUUUCCCUGGAUCGAUGAAUAAUAUGCGUGAAAUUUGGCGUCGGAUACUCACGAUGCAAAAGCAUAAAUUUCCAACACGUGUUGAGUUACUUUCAUUUAGCUGGGAUGAAACUAUACAUCGAAAUGACAAAGCUUCAUGA